UCAAACCCAGGUCUCUCGCUUGUGAGACUUUGGGGAUUUUGUCACUGGCAUUGGAAAGGAGUCUGAGGAUGGAAUCGGAGGUGCAGAGUGAAGCAGGAGAGUCUGAGAUCUCAGCCAGCAGUCUGAGUGCCUCUAAAGAUGACGUGCUUCUUUUCUGUGCCGUGUGUGGCAAGGGUUUCCAUACUCCAUCGGUGUUGGAAAUUCAUCAGCAGACCCACAGUGGUGAGAGAGUGUCUCGUUGCGGGGAUUGUGGGAAGCGAUUUAAGACGUCCUCUGAUCUGCUAAAACACCAGGAGACCCACACCGGAGAGAAACCGUUUGAAAGCGGCCAGUGUAAAAAGCAGCUCACCAGAUGCUUCAAGCUUCUGCAGCACCAGCAAACUCACACCGUAGAGAAAGUGUUUGAAUGUGACGUGUGUAAGAAACGGUUUAAUACAUCCGGUAACCUGUCAACACACCAAAGAACCCACACCGGAGAGAAACCGUUUGAAUGUGACGUGUGCAAGAAGCGCUUUAACACGUCGGGUAACCUGUCAACGCACUAUAGAACCCACACUGGAGAAAAACCAUUUCAAUGUGAUGUGUGCAAGAAGCGCUUUAACACGUCCGGUAACCUGUCAACGCAUCUCAGGAUUCACACCGGAGAGAAACCAUUUGAAUGCGACGUGUGUAAAAAGAGGUUUAACACGUCAGGUAACCUGUCAACGCACCAUAGGACUCACAAUGCAGAGAAACCGUUUGAAUGUGGCCAAUGUAAAAAGCGGUUUAUCAAGUCCUCCACACUUCUGAAGCACCAGAGAACCCACAGUGGGGAGAAACCGUUCGAAUGCGACGUGUGUAAGAAGCAGUUUAGCACGUCCGGUAACCUGUCAUCGCACCGUAAGAUUCACACUGGAUAGAAAUGGGUCGAAUGAAAUCUGUGUUUUAAAAAAAGUGAUUGAACAAAUCCGGAACACUGUGCUGGCAUCAACGGUCUCAUACCGGAGACAAACCGUUUAAUAAUAAUCCUUGCAUUUGAUAUAGCGCCUUAUC